AUGCAGCCCCUCGAAGGUCACCACUCCAGCAGCAAAGAUCCUAAAGAAAAGACGAUAAGCACCAUUCCCACAGUCUCAGUUCAGCCUCCCACUCCGAUUCAAGAGGCAAGCCCUGCGAUCAAUAGGUUUUCUCCUUGGGAAGAUGAGCCGCUAGAGCCAAACAGCCACAAAGAAUCCUCCACCGCCGCUAGCAUGUCGUAG